AUGACUACUGAGGAGUGGUACCAGCAGAUACGGGUAUUGAGGCAGUUAGGGAGGGAAGAACAGAAAAGUACGCCUUCAAAUUACAACGCUGAACUUAUAGUUAAGCGCGUCAAUAUCACGUCUUCCUUUCGUGGACAUACCGUCGUUUGA